AUGGUUCGCGACCCGCGGGCGGCGGGGGUGGGCGCGUCCUUCGCGGGCGCGAGCGUUCCCGAGAUCAGCGUGGCUCAGGAAAGCGAGGUGCGCGCCGUGCUGGGAGAAGCGCCGAUGGGCCAGCCAUCGCCCGAGUCCGACGAGCAGCCUCUGCCUUCGCCCGCGUUCGCCAGCAGCUUGCUCCAACAGGCGCUGGCCGACGUCGGGGCUCGCGGGGCGCCGUGCGCGGCUCCGGCAGGAGCAGUGGGGGAGAUCUUGCAGAACGCGUAUUUCGUGCUGCUUGUGAGCUUCACGUACGUGGUCGCAUAUGUCAAUACCGAUGGCCUGCUGCUGUGCCGCCUCUGGGGCAUCAUCGUGCUCAUGAGUGUCGAUGACAUCGGCUUCCAGGGGUGCAUCGUGCACCACAAGGUCAUCGACUUCAAUCGGGACGCCCGGCAGGCCGGGACCGGCGAGGCCGAGAACCUGGCGAUCCAGAAACUGAUGACACAGUCCAAGCUGCAGACCGGCGAUAACGACGACCUCAUCCUCCCGCAGAUCUUCAUAGACGGGGUGUUCAUUGGCGACGCCACCGACCUGCAGGGCCUGGAGGACGACGGGGUGCUGAACGGCCUGCUCUACCGCACCGCGUGCAUGAAGUGCCACGACCGGAGGAGGAAGCCGAGCGCCAACCAGUGCGAGAAUUGCUGGUACAAGUUCGAGGAAAUAUUGCCUGGCAAGAUGACCAUCGAGCAGGCCCUGGAGGAGAUCAGGCAAUUGUCCGAGGAUUACGACGAUGACGACGACUACGACGACCAGGACGCCACGCCCGCGGCGGCGUCGCAGCUCCCGGUUGCCGCGGCGGCCACUUCGUCGAGGGCGGCGGGCUACCCCGCGGCCGCCGCCCCGCCCGCGGCCGCCCGC